ACUCUGCACAACCCAAGCAGACCAACUUUGGGACUUUGAAUGAACAUAUUUACAUCCACCUUUCUCUUCAUGUCGACUUUUCUGGAAACAUUUACACGGAUGCCAUGGUUACUCCUACCACGAUCUUACAGGUGAACAAGGUGAUGUCCAUCUUGUUUUAUGUGAUAUUUCUCACUUAUCUUCGUGGCAUCCAGUCUACCAACAUGGAUCAAAGGAGUUUGCCAGAAGAUUCUAUAAAUUCUCUUAUUAUGAAACUCAUUCAGGCAGACAUUUUGAAAAACAAGCUUUCUAAGCAGAUGGUAGAUAUUAAGGAAAACUAUCAAAACACAGUGCAGAAAGCAGACACUCAGCAAGACAUGGAUGGAGACGAAAAUGUGAAAUCAGACUUCCAGCCAGUUAUCUCAAUGGAUACAGACCUCUUGAGGCAGCAGAAACGCUACAACUCUCCUCGAGUCCUCUUGAGUGACAACACGCCGCUGGAACCACCGCCACUGUACCUCAUGGAGGAUUAUAUUGGGAAUUCCGUGGUGGUGAACAGAACCUCCCGGCGGAAAAGGUAUGCCGAGCAUAAAAGCCACCGAGGGGAAUAUUCCGUUUGUGACAGUGAAAGUUUAUGGGUCACGGACAAAUCGUCUGCGAUUGACAUUAGAGGACACCAGGUAACUGUGCUGGGAGAAAUUAAAACAGGCAACUCUCCAGUUAAGCAAUACUUUUAUGAAACGAGGUGUAAAGAAGCCAAGCCUGUAAAAAAUGGCUGCCGUGGCAUUGAUGACAAGCACUGGAACUCCCAAUGCAAGACAUCCCAAACGUACGUUAGAGCACUGACUUCAGAAAACAACAAAUUGGUAGGCUGGAGGUGGAUAAGAAUAGACACCUCCUGCGUGUGCGCUUUGUCAAGGAAAAUAGGAAGAACAUAAAUCUGCAUCUCUUUGCUAUAUAAAUUAUUACUUUAAAUUAUAUGAUAUGCAUGUAGCAUAUAAAUGUUUAUAUUGUUUUAUAUAUUAUAAGUUGACCUUAUUUAUUAAACUUCAGCAAAUCUACAGUAUAUAAGCUUUCUCUCUCAGUAAACAAGAGCAAAGGGUGUGUGCAUCUGCUGUGGGCAGCUCCGGGGUUUUUUAGACUGUGUUUAUGACACUGCUUGUUAGCAGCAUACCAUAACCUUACUGUAAAACCUGUGUAAAAUCAGUAUUUUUUCAUUCAGUAUUGUCAACCCAGUGACUGUCAUUUAGUAAACUUGUUAAAAAUCAGAUCCAUGUCAAGAGUUGUGUACAUAUUUAUAUCCCUCAAUCAGGACAUUAAUUGGAUGCAGUGUUGACUCCUCAUCAUCAAAACAAAAAUGGACCAAAAUAUGUGUUGCAGCCUGCAGUUUAUAUCAAUGCUACAGGCAUCAAGUAGCCAUAAAAUACAAUGUCUGUGUAUGAUGCCAGUUUUGUCAGCUAAAUGACCAUUUUCCCUCUGUCAACAUUUCAGAAUGACUGCCAAUGAUCCGGUAACUUUUGUUUAUGUUUUUGAAGCACAUUUGCUUUUGCAACUGUUUCUAAUGCUGCCAGCUCAUCAUAGAAAUAAUAUGAAAAAAGUCUGAAAUAUUUGCAGCAAAAAUUUACUGGAGCUAAGACCCAGUCUAAACUGUGCAUUAAUAUAAUUUCUUCAGAGUGUACUAUUUAUUGUGUUCAGCCUCUUCCUCCUCACACAAAUCAAUUAUCUUCUGUUUGCAUUCUUGCAUCAUUCCUCUCUAUCUGAGUUUUUAAAGUAGAAACAAAGCUGGUGGUGUCUUAUCAUUAAAAGAGCCCUUGGCUUGCAAAUUUUAAUAAAGAAAUAUAUUCCAUCCUGGCAUGACUGUCAAAGCUAUGCACCCGUACGAAGAUGUUCUUCUCCUCAGCAAUCCAUUCUCCAUUUUUCACAGAGGGAAAAAUGUGUAGAACUGCUCGACAAACCUGGUAGCUUUUAUAGGGACAUGAAAUAGGGACAUGCUUUUUGAGCAGCCUGGUGACUAACAUCCGGGUAGCCCAAGGUUAUAAUGAAGCUCUUCAAUAAUACAGGUGAGUUGCUACUUAGGACAGACAAAUGUGCUAGUGUCUAUAUACCUCAAACUCCUCUUUGUAUUAUUGUGUAACUCCACUGAGCACAGCAAUAAUUUCACUAUUUGAAGAGAUAGUCUAUUAUACAUUAGCUGUAUAAUGCCCUGGAUGGGAUCCCACUCCCAUAAAAAUAAAUGAGAGUCUGGUCAUGGAUGUCAACAGAAUUAAGAUUGGCCUGCAUAUGUUAUCUAUGUCUAGCUAGACCUUAACAUACAGUCAGAGCUGAAAAAUGCCAUUCAGAAAACAUUACAGCUUUAUUGGUCUUAGGUUUUUACAGUUCAGCUUUCACUGUUGUAGUGUGUUCAGCAUCACAAAUGAGAAUGAAAUCAGAGUACUCAAAAAGCAAGGUUGCAGGAUGCCUUUGUUCAUUGAUUUUUUUCUCCCAGAGAACCAAUCUCAAAUCUGAAACAAGCCAUCAAAGGCACCAAAUUGUGUGGUCUCCCCUAAUCUGUUACAGAAAGCAUUAUACAUCAUAAAUCCACUGGAGAACCAGACACGUUGCUCAUGAGGCCAAGCAUUAGAAGUGAGUCUGAAAGCCAUGUUGGAGUGUGUAGGUAUAAUUCUGCAGGGGAAGCCACAAACAAAGGUUUUGAGAACCAUCUCAAUUUUCAACAUGAGGCCACAGUACCUAUCUCACAUGAAAUAUCAUCAACUCAUGGGACUAAACCCUAACUUUGCUUCAAGCAAUAAUAACUUCAGAGAUUCGAUAUGAAGGCAAUCUUUUAAAGGAAUGAGAGUAUGAAAUCAAACAAGGAACUCAGUAUCUGAUAGAUCUGACUAGAAUUUUUCCCACAUUCUCCUUUCUUGGCAAACAUUAAAAAAAAUGAAUCCUCAACAGAACUUUUUCUAGUUUUACUAAUAGGAAAGUUUUAGUUUCAACAGGAAAAAACAAUCACUAUUCAUUAAUUUUUCAGUUUGGAGGGACAAGCGCAUUUUUCGGAGUCCUGUCACUCUGAAAAUUUUGCAAGUUAAACAUCUAAUUUUGCACCCUGAAUUCCCAAAUAAGGAUCAUCUUCAGAUGCUGAGUCUAAUUGAGAGCAGAUACUGUCAUGGAUCAUUAACUUUAGGGAUCUCUAUGCUUCAGUAUGCUAGAUAGAUCUACCUCCAUGUGAGAAGAGGAAGUAAGAAAACAAACUGAGCUUGUUUAGUCGCUGUUACUUACAGAUCAAAUAUCCCAUUAAUUGGAAACUACCUUGGUUCUACAGUGUGGAUGUGAUGCUUGUUUAUAACACUGUAAAUCCAGACAAAUUCUAAUGAAGAUAGGCAAGAAAAUAUAGGUUUGUAGCCAUGCAAACAUCGGAGUUGCUUCUCAUGCCUUUAUUCUACUCACUGAAAAUCAAGGGAGGUUCAUUCUCUAUUCGUUCGAAGAAAACAAUUUGUAGCAACAAUUCCUUUAACAGGAACUAGUCUUUGACUCCUAACUUUACCAAUACACAAAGUAUUUUACAAGUGGCCAGCAAAAAUCUAUCAGAGUAAAUGCAAUGUCUGUCACUUGAAACACAUUAAAUAAGGAAGAAACAUGGUGUGUAAGGUUAUUAGAUCUGCUGCCUCUUUCCCACCCCAGUAUAACAAUGAACGGAAGUAUUACACUCUGGAUCUGAUCCAGUUUCCUUUGAAGUCAAGGGAAAAAUUCUCACCUUCCCCAGUGGAAGAUGGAUCAGGCCCCCUGUGAAGAAAAACCAGCAGAUCACAACCUGAGAGCAGAGCAAUCGCAGACAUCAGUUACGCGUUCUUGUAAAUCCUGUGUACGCAUAUGCUGUAUAAUUUUGUAACAUGUUUGUAAACAAAGCCUGUAAUAAAUUUGUUAAGGCCUAA